AUGUUUGAAGACAAGUACGUCGCUGGUCUACGCAAGAACAAGGACUGGGCCGCCCAGACCGCGCGAGAGCACCCGGAUCUUUUCCCUACCCUCGCCAACGGACAGCAACCCCAGAUUCUGUGGCUCGGCUGCUCUGACUCCCGAUGUGCCGAAACCUCAAUGCUCGGUCUGUUGCCCGGUGACGUUUUCGUCCACCGGAACAUUGCCAACAUCUUGCAUCCGGGAGACCUGAGCUCGGGCGCUGUCAUUGAGUUUGCCGUCAAGUUCUUGAAGGUGAAACACGUCGUGGUCUGCGGUCACACCUCUUGCGGCGGUGUCGCUGCCGCCAUGGGGAGCAAGCAGCUGGGUAUUUUGGAUCCCUGGCUGUUGCCUCUGCGCCAGGUGCGCGAGCGCAACUUGGCCACGUUGGAGAAGCUGUCCGCCGAUGAAGCGGCUGAGAAACUGGUGGAGCUCAAUGUCCGGGAAAGUUUGAACGUUUUGACCCAGAAGAGCGUUGUGCUCGAAGCAAUCCAGGAGCGUGGUCUUCAGGUCCACGGUCUGAUCUACGAGGUUGGAUCCGGUGUUCUUCGCGAGCUGGAUACCACCGACUCGGAUGAGGUGAUCAAGAAACGAUUAGUGGCCUUCAAGCUUCAAGAAUGA